CUCCACCUCGUAAGCACCUCCUCCUUCCUCACCAAGGCCGUGACGACCAAGCUAGAAAGAUGGGAGAAUGAAGGAUGGAUAGGGGUACCACAUGCCGACUACCUCUCUGCGCUGAUAAAUCACCUCAGACAGCGGUGCGCCGUGACGACCGUCCGCCAUGCCUCAACGCCCUGGGAGUGGAAGGCCAUCGACUGGAUCAGGGACCGUGCAUGCCCGCCUCUACUGGGUCGGCCCCCCACCGCAGUGCGAGCCACCGUCAACCCCGCGUUCCGCCUGAGCGGUGCCCGCCUCGCGUCACUCACGCAAGCCAUGGCGUACAAAGGUAUCCUCGCCGCCAGACGCCCUCCGGCCCGGCAAGGGACUACCCGCAAUAUGAACUUGGCCCUCGCCACGCUGGAGCCCCGUCAGCAACACAGCAGCAACGAACUGUGGACGAGCCUGCGACAUAAGGACAUCCGACACCAAGUCUCGGACUUCCUUUGGAAGACUCUCCACUCCGCGCUCCGAGUAGGGCACUUCUGGGAUCACAUCCCCCAAUACGAAGAUCGGGUGUCCUGCACGAGCUGCCACCGCGAAGAAUCCAUAGAACACAUCCUCUUUGAAUGCGCUGCGGCUGGACAACGGCACAUUUGGGCGCUGGCGGAAGCGCUCUGGCUAAAGACGGGGCUCGCCUGGCCUGGGAUGUCCUUUGGAACGCUACUCACCCUCGGCAUAAAAGCGUGGACGCACCCUGGAUCGAAACGUCGGCGGGAAGGGGCCUCGAGGCUCUGGCGUAUCCUCGUAUCGGAGUCUGCGUACCUCAUCUGGAAGCUGCGGUGCGAGAGAGUCAUUGGCCACGGCGACUCCCCCGACUGGCAACACCACGAGCUCGCGGUCCACCAGCGAUGGCACGCCGCUAUCGACGCCCGGCUCCAACUGGACAUUGCCUCCACCAGGCACUAUUUGGGUGGCCGAACCCAGAGGACUGACGUAGUACUACGUACGUGGAACAGAGUCCUAGAGGACGAGAUUGCGCUGCCAGAUGACUGGACGCGUUUCGGGUUUUUAGUGGGUAUUGCUCCAGUCCGGGUGCGUGAACACGACCCCGGUUGA